AUGCCGUCGAUUGCGGAGCAUUCGUGCUCGUCGCAAGAGGCGCUCCUCCGCCUUGAGAAAGCCAAUACCGCACCGCCGAGCACUCAACUCCACGAUGCGGCGAAGAUCCUCGGACUGGACUUGGCCCUCUGUGAAAGUCACCCAGAGACGCAUCGCAGUCCUCCCACCAUCAAUGACUCUACACCCAAGGAAGAAUGGGUGCUUCGGUGGUUGCUGAAACGCCUGAAGAGCGGCAAAAACUAUAGGGUGGAGCCGGUUUCCUUCCUUCUGCUGAGACAACUGGUCGACCUGAUCUCCCCGAAGAACCUGGCCACAAUCCUGAAAGACCACAAGUUCCUGUCCAUUCUGGGUGACACGGUUGCCGAUCUGGAGGCCGACAUCUUCGUCAAUGUGGAACUUGGUUCGGAUUCCGAGACCAGCCGCACCCUGGCCGGCUCUCCGCCUGACAACGAGGCCAAGGGCAGCAAAAGCAAAAAGAGGAAGAGAGUUUCUUUUGCGAACAAUGCGAGUGAACGGCCGCAGGUCUCCACCCAGUGUUUUCUGACUUUCAUUCGCGCUCUGGAUUGUCUCUUCGGCGUCGUGACGCUUACACAUCAAACCCUGCGCACUGACGAGGUUGCCCACUCCCAUCUCAAGCUUAGUCUCAGGGGUGAGCCGGAAGAGGCCGCUUUGUUCCUGGGCCGGUCGUUCUGGGUGGCUUCCUGGACCGCCAAGCAUUUCUCGCAGACUGAGAAGACGACCGACCUUCAGCACAUGUUUACUGUUUCGCGCACGCCCUCCGACUCCAGCUCUGCUCGUCCUUCAUGUGCUGCUACCUGCCCGGGGGCCUUUUUCGAGCGCGGUGGCUCUGGUAUUGAUUAUUCCACCCAAGACAAACCCAACUGGGAAGUCGUCCAGCCCGUCACUGAUUCCUUCAAAUCCAUCAUCCACGAGACCCCUCCGACCGAUUUUGCCUCAGAAAACCAGGAAGAUUCUAAGCGUGCUUCAAAGUCACUCGAGCUCCUUCCCGAGCUGCUUGAUAUUGCUUCGCGAGCCGUUCCCAGAGAUUCCUUCCGAAGCCAGACUCAUGAGGCUCCAUGGCUGGAGACCUUGUUUGUUGCCGUUGCGGAAAUCGCAUACUCCACCUCCAAGGGGGAGAAAGACAAGACAACCUUUUCCGGGUUUUCUCCUAAAUUCGUUGUCAGUCUGCAGCAAAUCAUGCAGGUGGCUGUCGAUCGAAAUAUCGGCCUGUCGUUGAAUACCACUCUGAACCAUUCCUGGUACACUGGGAUUCUUCAGCCAGGUCUACAGCAUGUCCAGUGGAAUGUCACUGCUCUCAUUGUGCGCCUGGGUGUGGACAUCUUCUUGCCCAGUUCAGGGCUUUACGACUCGUGCGACAUCUUGGUCAAUUUGCUGGAUAAAAUUCUGCUUCACUGGCGCAGUGGUGUCUCCAAAUACAUCGCAUCUUACCCCAUCAUCAAGAACGAUAUCGUCCUUCCUUUGCUGCGCGCAUUCGUCGAAGCUCGAGAUCUGUACACAUUCACGUCGUUCUGGCAUCAUCAAACCAUCCUUGUGGAAACGGCUCGCGCCAAGGACAGCAGUCUGACCCAUUUUUCAGUCUGGGAAGAUGACGAUCUUUCAGAGCUUUACAGCAAACUCGUGCGAACCGCACCCACCGAUCCACGCCUCGUAGCGCACAUGCAGGCAGCUUCGAAGGACACCAGGGCUCCGGAUGGCAAGCUGUCUGAUGCUCCAGCAUCAUACGCAAAAUUCAUCGUUCUGGAGGCUAGCUUCCGGCGUCGUCCUUUCUCGUUUCCCGACUCCGAGGCAUCUUUGAGCUACCUCCUCGAAACCGUCACUUCUACCCUAUCAUCCAAACAGGCCCUGCACUGGCGAUGGCGCCUGUGGCGGUUCGUCCGAAACCUUGCGGAAAAUGACAGGCAGUUUAUGAACACUGCUCAACGUCGAUCCGUUCUGGCUUUGGUUGAUAUUGCUGCAAAGACGAUAAAGCGCAACCACAGAGAUUUGACAAGGAGGGCGUCCGUCCUCGAAGCUUGGGAGGCGUACCAGUUUGUUCUGGUUGCCACCAGAGACCCUGAUCAACUGAGUGCAUUCAACACGGCAACACAGCAUGUCACUGAACUCAUCACUUCCAUUCUUCCAGCAGAUGCCAAGAAAUCAAUGGUUUCUCCAUGGAACGGCCGAGCAGACUCUAUGGACUCUCCAAUUAAUCUUGCCCUGGCUUACUUCUCGGCAAUCUCGAAGAUUCCCCAGGUCUGGAAACGGAUUUCCGCUGAUGCUCGUUCUCAGCUGUUCAAACAACUUCUGGCUCUGGCUGCGGAACAAUGCACUUCUUCGCCUCUGCCUCUUGAAACCGUGGCCGAUGAUGCGAGAUUCCUUCAAGGAUGGGCAAGUAUUGUCUCAUCCGAAUAUCUUCUCCGCGCCCCUUUCCUUGUUCCUGAUCUCGUGAUUCUUCUGAAGGACAGCAUCUAUCGUGAUUCUGCCAACCAUCGACUUUACAUCAACAGCCUUCAGAGAAUCCCAGCUUCCUUGAUCACCCGCGGAAUGAGAGGGACUCUUCUGGACAAACUGCAAGAUGUCCUUAUUCUGCAGGACCGUUCAUCCGAACUGACUGUCGGGCUCAUUACGAUGUUGGCUAAGUUGGCAGAGGAGCCCAAGUCUGAUGCCGUGUUGACCAGUCAUAUCGAGCCGAUCUGUGCCGCUGCCCGAGCCAUUGCCCUUAACGGCACCGACAUCGAUCUUCAGAUCAUGAAGGCAUUCCGAAGCUUGCACCGGGCGGUCAUUUCCAAACUCUUGAAUCUUCCAGACGACCAGAAAACCAAGCUUUUCAAAGAACUAUUCUCCCAGAUCUCGACGCAGGCUUCGAAGAUGAGACAGAUUGAGCGAGACUCCAUGGCUUGUUUCCACUUGCGGGUUUCGCUGUCUCAGCUCUGGUUUCAUCGCAAACAGCUCCGCUCGGCUUUCUCGGAGAAGGAUCUCGCCACUUGCCGCCAGCGAGUGUUUGACCUGGUGUUGGCCGACGUGAAAGCGGUCAAGAGCCAGUGCAGAAAGCAGAAGCUUGAUGAGACUAUCACACUCAUCAAGACCAUUGAUUCUCUGGAGGACUUUGAGGACCUGGCCAUGAAUAACCUCGAGGUGGAGAAGUUGUUAUCGAAGAUUGAGUCUUAUGUGGAGAUGUCGGUUGACUCCGGUCCAACGCGGUUGAUCAGGCGCCGUCUUCUUGCCAGCAAAGAGCCCGACGUGCAUAUCACCGAGCCGGUGCUCCAGUGUGCGGAGGCUCUCUCGCUCCAGUCUCCAUAUGGCGAGGAUCAACAGCUUUUCAUCCAGGUCACCACGGAACGCUUCCAUUCCAUGAGCCCCGAGCAGAUCACCCAAGCCAUCCGCGAGGUUCGCGAGCUUGGUCUAACUGACGACCACUCCGGACACCGCCUCCUGGUCGUCUGCCUGGCACUGGCUUCGUUGCCCUCGGUCGAAGACAAAGAUAGCAUCACCGCUCGAGAACUCUCUCUCCUCUGCACCGCGCUCGCCGAAACCAUCCCCCACAGCCCAUCCGCGGACCACCUGAGCUACGCCGCCGAGGCCCUGGAUCUCCUCCUGCGCACGCACACCCGCUGUCUCGUCCAGCAAAACAUCGACAGCAUCCUCAGCGCCAUCGCCAACGCAGCCUCCCACGACGGUCCCCACAUCCCCCCGCCUAUGCACCAACCAUCUACACCCCGCUUGAAGGUGGGCGGCCGCUUCCACCUCGUUGUACACGCAAUGCAGCGCCUGCUAGCCUGCCUCUUCGCUCGUUCGCGCAAACGCACCCGCGCCAACCGCGCUGGCUCUCCAAAUUCCCUCCUCCAGCCCUUCUGGCUCGCCCCGCUGCAGCCCUCCCACGCCUCGCACUACACCCGUCUCCUCACCUCCCUCUGUGACCCCACCAUGUCGGCCGUGCUGCGUCCUGCUCAGGCAGGGGCCUCGCGCGAUGCCCUCACCGAUCAAACCAAGAAGGCUAAGCGCAUUGCCGGCCAGUACCUGCAAUAUGUUAUCAUGGAGUAUGCGCAGUGCUCACUGCGCGGAUCACUUACCCCAGAAGUGAAGACUGCUAUUAUGCCCGGUCUUUACGCAACCCUGGACGUCAUGUCGCGCGAAUCGAUGCGCGCGCUGAACGCCGCGCUGGAUGUCUCCGGCCGCGCUGUCUUCAGGUCUUUGUAUGAGGAUUACGUGAAGUUCGGAAAAUGGGAUAAGGUAUACGGCAGUCAGACUGAAAGCCUCGAUCUUGAGCCUUCUCAAACGCAUCUUCAGGUGGCGGCAAACCUCGGUUCUUUUGCAUUGAAUGUUAUUCAGGACCGCCAGGCUCUCUUUCAGGAUUCAGAUAUGAGAGAAGUUUUAAAGGACACCUUCCGUAACGACCGAGCUCCUAUUCUGGAAGAACUAGGGAAGAGAACAACAACAUGGGAAGAGGACUUCCGUGUUUUCCUUCUUCCUACCGGGGCAUCCAAUAUUGAGAAUCGGUCAUUGAUGGCUACACAGGUGACUGAUGAUUACCUGGGUUUGAGAAAAGAGGCAAAGAAGAACGUCAAAAUUGCAAUGUGCUAA